UCCACCUGCAUUUCACAGGAUUCAUGUCCAAAGUAGCUGAAGGAACCUGCUCACCCGCUUCUAACUGAAUGAAAGAUUGCAGGGUUGCAGAUUAAGAGAGGAUUCACACUGAACUUUGAGCCACCAUUGAGUUCACAGGUAUGGCCCAAGGCCACUCUUAAAAAUCCAGAUCUGAGUGCAGUUUUAACAUCUCUAUCCAAAUACACUCGUUACACAAACAGACGCCAAACGCUGCAACAUUUCAGUUUUUUUAGGGGGAAGUUUCCACGCAAUACAGUUUUGCUCAAGCAAGUGACUUCCUGAAGACAUUACUGAGAACCUAUCGAGAGAGCGAUGAGGAGCUGUAACUUACAUCACUUGCAUAUCAGGACAAGUGGUUUGAGGUUCUGCUAAACUUGGAGGAAGUUGCAUUCAUCGACAAUCGAGCAAAGUAAACGACGCAUGGUGUUUAACUACUGGGGACCACCAGCAGAAUUAAACCAUGAGCAAGUUUUCCUGGCUGAAAUACUUGGCUCUUGCCGCUGCACUAUUGGGUGCAACCCAAGGACAAGAAGUAUCCAAUUCGACUGAGACUCCCACGGCAAGUCACUCAUCACUCACAUACUCCAGCAUGGCUCCAUCAACAGCGACUACUGCACGCGUCACAAUUUCAACUCUUCAAUCAUCAGACACACUCACCAGCACGGCUCCAUCAACAGUGACUACUGCACGCACUACUGCACGCUCAACUCUUCAAUCAUCAGGCACACUCACCAGCACGGCUCCAUCAACAGUGACUACUGCACGCACUACUGCACGCUCAACUCUUCAAUCAUCAGACACACUCACCAGCACGGCUCCAUCAACAGUGACUACUGCACGUACUACUGCAGGCUCAACAGAUCAAUCAUCAGGCACACUCACCAGCACGGCUCCAUCAACAGUGACUACUGCACGCACUACUGCAGUCUCAAAUCACUCAUCACCCACACACUCUAGCACAGCUCCAUCAGCAGUGACUACUAUACACGCUGCAGGUUCAACAGGUCACUCAGCACUCACAACCUCCAGCACUGCUCCAUCAACAGUGACUACUGCAUAUGCAACAGGUUCAACAGAUCACUUAUCACUCACAACCUCCAGCACUGCUCCAUCAACAGUGAAUACUACCCAUGCAUCUGGUUCACAUGUUACUGAAACAACAUUCAGAAUCUCCAGCACGGCACCUCUAUCCACAAGCAUUGCACCAGCUUCACCAGGCAAUGCAUCAUUCACCAAUCCCAGCACCGCGCCAGCAACAGUGACUCCUGCAGCCUCAGGAAAUCAAUCAACAGCAAAAGACACAACUGACACAACCACAAGCUCACCUGCAGCAACAAGCACCGCAAUCUCAACUACCCCAAGUGGAGGCAAGGAUUGUGACGAUGCUAGUGUUACAAUCAUAGCCUUGAAUGUCACAAGUAACAGUGUCAGACUGAAAAUUACUUACAACCUCAAUGAAGCUCAUAAUAUCACAAUUCUAAAUAAAACAUUUGAAUUGUCUGAAAAUAAGAGUGAAAUCACAGAAGUGGUCAUGGAACUAACAUUCUGUAAGAGUUAUGAACUCAGUGCAACUCUCCAUGGGAAGUGUCAACCUGUUAUUAAACCAAUAAACAUCAUAACACAUCCACCUUCUGGUACUGGAUUCAAACUACAAGCAAUAAUCAAAUCUGAAAAUGAAAUUCAGUUUGAGCUGACCAAACCUCCCAACGUGGCUAAUUGCAGUUUGCUGUAUAGUUGGAGCUGCAAUUCAUCGCAAGAAAUUGUAAGCGAUCACGUAAGAAAAGUUGUAAACGUCACUCCCUGUCAGCAGUACAGCUGCUCUGUUGGCAUUCAACAAAACUCUUCAACCUGGACCGAGACUGUAAACAAGAGUAUAAAACUUGAAUAUGAAAAACCGAAUAAACCAGAUAUUCUCAAAAUUAAUUCUUCAAAUAUCAGCAUUGUCGUGGAUUGGAGUGUACGAGAGGAUUACCUAAAGCCAGUGACAUCUGUUGAAAUAACUUGCACAGCUACUGACAAUUCAUCCUCCAGAAAAAUUCAACAGAAUGUUAAAAAUGGAUCACAAGUGUGUAAAGACCUGAAACCAUACACAAGUUAUACUGUAACUGUUACAGCCAUCAAUAAGAUGUGCAACAAUACAGCUCAAUCAAAUUCAACUACUUGCAACAUUUGGACAAAGUCAAGUUGUCCAAAAAAUCCCGUGAUAAAAGGUGUUAACUUUAUUGAAAAUAACAAGAUUGAACUCGUCUGUGAUAAAUUAGAGAAACAUGAAUAUAAUGGAAAAAGCAUGACAUAUUCGGCCACAGCUAAUGGACACAAAAUUUCAAAAAAAGAGAUGGACAACUGUAACUUUAUCUUCAAAAACUUGCAAUAUCUGACAACAUAUGAACUCAAGCUAUUUGCCAACAAUGGUGAAUAUACGUCAGAGAGUAGCGUCUUUUCUGUCAAAACUAGAUAUAAUGACAAGGCUUUAAUUGGAUUCCUGGUCUUCCUGAUCAUUGCGACCUCAAUAGCUCUGACUUUUGUGUUGUACAAGAUAUACAUGUUGCAGAAGAAAUCUUCAAGAAAUUCUGAAGAAUUUGUGGAACUUAUUGAACACGAUGAUGAAAAGCAAAUACUCACUGUGGAACCCAUUGCUGCUGAUCAACUCAUUGACGAAUACAGGAGAAAGAAGGCUGAUGAAUCAAGAUUAUUUUUAGCAGAAUUCCAAAGCAUCCCAAGGGUUUUCAGCAAAUUUUCCGUCAAGGAGGCACGGCGAGGAUGUAAUACGAACAAGAACCGUUAUGUUGACAUCCUGCCAUAUGAUCACAACCGUGUUCAACUUUCUCCAGUGCCGGGAGAGCAAGGUUCAGAUUACAUCAACGCAAGUUUCAUUGAUGGCUUCAAUGAGUCCAAGAAGUACAUUGCUGCCCAAGGCCCAAAGGAUGAAACAUCUAAUGAUUUCUGGAAAAUGGUGUGGGAACAGAAAGCAACAAUUAUCGUCAUGGUGACUCGCUGUGAGGAAGGGAAGCGGCCCAAAUGUGCUCAGUAUUGGCCUAACAUGGAUGAUGAGACCAAGUCCUUCGGUGACCUCACUGUAAGAAUCAGCGAAGAGAAGUGGUGCCCGGACUACGUAAUUCGCAAGCUCUUCAUUUCCCAUAAAGAAAAGUCGCCCGAGCGGGAAGUAACACACAUUCAGUUCAUUAGUUGGCCAGACCAUGGUGUUCCAGAAGAUCCACACCUCCUUCUCAAACUACGUCAGAGAGUGAAUGCAUUCAGAAACCUAUUCAGUGGUCCAAUAGUUGUGCACUGCAGUGCUGGGGUGGGUCGCACAGGAAGCUACAUUGGAAUUGAUGCCAUGAUGCAAGGCCUGGAGAUUGAAGGACGAGUGGAUAUCUACGGUUACGUAGUCCAACUUCGUCGGCAACGCUGCCUCAUGGUGCAGGUUGAGGCUCAGUACAUUCUUAUCCACCAGGCUUUGCUGGAGUACUACCUGUAUGGUGAAACUGAGGUCAGCCUGCCCGAACUACCCAAACACCUCAGUAACCUUAAAAAGAAUGACCCACCAACUGAGCCAUCCCUGUUGGAAGUUGAAUUCCAGAAGAUCCCACCUUAUACAGAUUGGAGAUCACAGUGCGCUGGAAGACAGACAGAAAAUCAAAGUAAAAAUAGAUCCCUUUCAGUGAUCCCAUAUGAUUACAACAGAGUAACUAUCAGACUAGAAGAAGAGACAAGCAAAGAUAAUGACAGAGACAGUGACUCAGAUGCUUCGUCUGAUGAGAGUGAUGAUGAAGAAUCCACCAAGUAUAUUAAUGCUUCAUACAUAGAUGGAUAUUGGCAUUCUGAAACAUUAAUUGCCGCUCAGACUCCACUACCUGAAACCAUUAAUGACUUUUGGACAAUGGUGUAUCAAAGAAAGGUGAAGAUCAUCGCAAUGCUGGGCAAACUAGAAGAUGACAAGGAUUGCUCACAAUAUUGGGAAGAUGGGACAAAAACCUAUGAUGACAUUGAGGUGAAGUUAAGUGAAAGUAUUAAGGAAUCAGGAUAUACUCAUCGUGUCUUUGAAAUAAGACAUAUGAAGAGAAAAGAGACCCGGUCAGUGUACCAGUAUCAAUUUCACAGUUGGGCUGAUUCUGAGCUUCCUGAAGAUCCCAAUAACUUUGUCGUCAUGAUUAAGAGCAUCAAAGGAAAACUGUCAACGCUCAAAGAAGCUGAGCAUCUAGUACCACCUCUGAUUGUGCACUGCAGUGAUGGAUCCAAGAUGACAGGUUUAUUCUGUGCUCUCUGGAACCUCCUUGACAGUGCAAAUACUGAAAAUUUAAUAGACGUUCUCCAGACAGUCAAAGCACUGCGCAAACAACGACCAGGAAUACUUUUAAGCUUUAAUCAGUACCAGUUUCUGUAUGACAUAAUUGCCAGCACUUACCCAGUGCAAAAUGGGACAUUAUUACCUGACAAUGGUCCAGCACAGACAACUGUGGAGGUGAUCUCUGAAACCAAUCCAGAAAAUGGAUCCCAACAAAGCACAGCCUCUGAUGCUACUAAGAAUAAAGAAGAGACAUCUGCAGAAGAUGAUGAAGCAAAGUCUGGCGUUAGCAAUGACAAACAACUAGUGGAAAACCCUAUUAAUGGACCUGUAACAAGUAGUGAAAUUGAGUGAAGAAUUGUUGCUAUGUGUGAUGUGUAGAUGUUAACCAAUCACUAUUUGUGUUUGUAAGGGAAAAUCAGUAAUGUCACCAUUAAUUUUAUUUUUACAUGUACAAAGCUUGGUUUAUCACUGGAUGCUUUCCAAAAAAUGUUCGCUUGUAUGCAGAACUGUUCAAGAAUGACAAUCUACUUGAGCGUAAGUAUGAAUGUAUCUCAAUGAAAGAAGUCAUUUGCUCAUGUAAACUUUGACUAAAAUGUUUUGAUCCUUUCCGUUGCAUUUGCAACGUCAAAUGAAGGCACAGAAACUUUUUUUUAAGGAAAUAAAAUCUCAGAAUUUUUUAUAUAUAUAUAUUUUAUCAGGUGUGUGGAAAAGCUAAAUACCAAAUCUGCUUCAGUAUGUUUUAUUUCGGUAGAGCUCAUUUUCAAAUGUAAAAAAGAUGCUGUAUUGUGAGUAUCAAGGAAUUUGCGGGUUUAUCAAGGAUAGCAAUUUCUGCCAUUUAUAAUGCAGCAAUUUUUCACUGUUCUUUGCAAAUUAUUUUUAUAGUUGGUUUUCAUGUCCAAAGCUGUGCAGUUGAUCUGCUUAAGAUAUCAGGGUCUAUUUAACUAUUUGAUCUUAAAUUUACAUUGGAACAAAAUAUUAUUAAGGUGGACCAAAUUGAUUUCUGGUGUGCCAGGGUCAGAAAGCACAGCGGGAAGUCAGAAUUUAUAGUUUGCUAGUUUUUUUGUGAAUUAGACAUCACACUUCAUUGACAAACUCAUUGUGAGGCCUGUUCUUUUAUGUAAGACAGAGUCUGACUUCAUAAAGAUAGUCAGUAUUAGAAAAGAAAUGGCCUCAGACAAGGGAGCGGCACUAUAGAUUGCUGGAGAAUGAGCAAGCCUCACUUCACUAGGACUGGACCCCAUCAAAAGGAUCAACGGUGGAGUUGUGAGAAGGCUUCAUGGCACUCUCAUCAUGACUAAUUUGCUGCAAUUUGGCCCGAGAACCUAAAGAUCUCGGGAUCUACUUACAAUCGGCAUUUCCAACAAACGAAAGUUGCAAGAAUUCCUACAGUGUAGAAGCAGGCCAUUCGGCCCAUCAUAUCCACACCAACCCUCCAAAGAGCAUCCCACCCCAUCCCUUCAUUUCUCAUGGUUAAUCCACCUAGCCUGGGUAAUUUAGCAUGGCCAAUCCACCUAACCAACACAUCUUUGAACCAUGAGAGGAAAGCAGAGCACCUGGAGGAAUGAUGUGCAAAUUCCACACAGAUAGCUGUGCAAGGCUGCAACUGAACCUGGAUCCCCAGCGCUGUGAGUCAGCAGUACUAACCACUGAACCACUGUGCUGUCCUUACAACAUCACCACAGGACAUUCAAUUUUAUGCUUAAAAGCUGUUUCUCACGUUGGACAUAAACAGCUUAUUGCUGAGAGUCAGUGAAUUCGCUGUUGCAAAUGGAAAAUGUAGAAAGAACUGCCAACAGGUCUGGAAUUUCUUGUCACUUGGGUCUGGGUAGUUUUUUUCAUCUUUUUGUAGUGACGAUAAGGAAGUGUUCUUGUUCUUUGGUCCAUAGAUGUUGAUCAAGCUGCUUUCAAUUCUACUUUUUAAAAGUAAGUCUUCUGGAAUUGUGCUAUGCAUUAAGUAUUGCCAAAAGUGGGAAAUUUCCUAAUUCUCAUUGGGGUUUUUCGGAGUUAGCACCAUGCCACAUCUCAAUGUGCUUCAAGUAAAACCAUUAACAGCAGGAUGUACAGUUUAAAAAAAAGUUUUUCUUCCAAGUUGUAACAGGUUAUUGUGUCAAUAGUUGAAAAAAAUGAGUUGCUUCAAAUUGUAAAUGGUUACCAGGAAUUUGUUUGGUCUGUCAGGUUCAAAUUGGAUAUAGUGUGUUUUACACAAGAGCUUGCUAUUAUCAGGUUUUUUUUAAAAAUAGCUUAAAAUGGUUUCUAAUAUGUUCAAAAAUACAUCUUGUAAAGGUAAUAAGAUGGAACAUUUUGUACUAAUAGUGUUUUUGAAUAAACAGAAAAAAAGUAA